AUGGCGGGGGCAUCAACAGGAACUGCAUCAUCAGCAUCAGCAUCGACGUCCUCAAAGGCACUCGAGUGGCUUUUUGCCUUGAAGUUCGCCAUCAACUGUUUGCUGUUCUUGCUGAAGUCCCGUGUUCCCCGUAUUAUCACUUUGCUUGAUUUGUUCGUUUGUGUCUCCUCUGUGGGCGACUUUGUUAACCACUACCAUAAUGAUCUUUUAUCCCUGUACAUUUACCUCGUCAUAUUCAUUGCUCGUUUUCUCGUUAUUAACAUUGCAUUUCAGUAUCGUCGUAAGACUUCUAUGGUGCCGGACAUAGUCGUUUCGGUAGUCGUAGUCGCCUCCAUCGUUUACUCGUUGUGGUUGUACAUCACUACUGGGAAUAUGCCCGGUCGAACGCUGACUAUUGUCGCCCUUUGCUUGCUUGAGGGCUUCUUCUUCCUGAAGCACUCUGAUCGUAUUCGUCAGCGAAAAUUGUGUCGUUUCAACGCCAACUUCCGGUUGACCGCUCGCUUCCCAUUCGCGAGCCGUCGUCGUCGUCCUCGUCAUCAUCACCAUCACCAAAAUGUCGAUUUAGAAGCGCCUCUGAUCGGUCCCGACCAGCCCAAAGAGAUCACUGUGACCAGCAGUGUUGACAGCGAGGGUGACUUGGAGCAUGGCUCAAAGGUUUCCUCUGCAUCCUUCGACUCGUCUCGUCGUGUGUUCGCCACCGGCCCGGACGCUCAUUAUCUGUGCACAGCUACUGGCACUGAUUACAGCGACAUGGAGUGGCCAUAUAGCGACACUGCUGGAGGCAUUCUCUGCUACUACCAGAAUGUUCGAUCUACCACGCCGGUCGUCAAUUUACUGCUGAUUCAUCAGUUUGGUGGAGGUUGUUUUACGUGGAAGCGAUCGGUGCCUUUACUCGUGAAUGAAUGCAACGCCAACGUGACGUGUUUUGAUCGACCAGCGCAUGGCUUCACAGAGCGGCCCAAGGACCCAGCAUCGCCUGUUUACAUAAUGAGUGAAGGAGGUCGGCCGGUGUUGUUACCGCCUUAUUCCAUAUCGUUCGCUCGUGAGACCAUAGAUCUCUUUCGUCGUUUUUCGGCCGGUACUUUACCUCAAAUAUUGGUUGGCGUUGGCGCCGGCGCUUUGCUUGCUCUGGAGUCAGCAGCAUGCAAUGAAAGUGUCAGUGGCGUGGUAUUGAUCUCCCCGACGGUUACAACCGGUAUGGGCUUGCCUGGGGUCAUACGAUCGAUACUGACUAGUAAUGUGAGUAGAGCGUUGUCGCUGUCGAUGUUACGGUCAGAAGUGGCUGACUUCAUGAUGAGGAAGUCCUGGUAUAGAAGUAGUAAGAUCCCACAGUGGCUGCAAGAAGACUAUAGGGUGCCCACCCGGUUGGAGGGCUGGGACGCGGCUAUUGUGGAGAUGAAUAAGCAGCGUACUAAUGUCCGUUGGAAAGUACCAGUCGACCUACCCAAGUGUCCGAUAUUGUUGCUGACGGGUGAUCAUGACAAGGUUGUACCGAAGAGGGAGUAUCAGCGCUUCUUCACUCACCUUCUGUCGAAGAAGUGCGAUGCGCGAUGGGAGGUCGUACCGAGAUGUGGGCAUCUGGUAGAGGAAGAGCAGCCCGAGAAGUUUGCGUUGGCUAUGCGAAGUUUCACUGAAUAUUGCGUAACCCCUCGGAGGCUGUGGCUAGCAAGUCGAGCACGAGCCGUCAGCGCAAACGCCAUGGUACCGACGCCACCAUCCGGUGCUGCACAUCGAGGGUCGUUGUCGAUGCUAGAAGACGAAGAUGACGACGAUGAUGUGGCGGAGUUGCGGUUCUUGAGUCCUCCUUUAUCGGUGCGGCCCGUGCGGGCUGUGACUGAUAGGUGA